AAGUUUCCGCAUUAUAGUCUGAAUGACAUAGUUAUAUGUCUAUGGAUUAUAAACCGUGUUCCUUAUGAUAAUCUGGCCUGAGUUGAGUUUUGGAGUUUAUAGUUUCAUGUUUGUGUGUUCGGCUGCCAGCCAGUUUCUUUAGAAGUGUGGUUCUCUUCAUAUUCGGCAAUCCGAAUAAGUUUCCUCUCGUGAUUAAAUUAUACGGGCAAAGUGCUAUGGAUCACCGGGAGAACAGCGAUUCCCAACGCAGCGAUCAAGGAAAUGUAGCCAAAGAUGAGCAUAAUUGCUGGAGCCAAGAAAAUAUUGAUCGAGCGAUAUCUAUUUGCCUUGGCGAGGACGUACCAUACGAGUAUAGUAUCAACGAGCAGAAAGCGAGGGACGCGGCUACUAUGGAACAAACAGUGCAGACUACCACCCUCAACCCUCCGCAAACCCAGUCACGUGUCCAAACAAGUGCCGGAGUUCCCCGAGAAAGACAUACACAGAGACUGUCUGGUGACGAAUUCUCGACGGAUGGUGACGAAUACACGACGCCAGAAGACUACUGCUCAAAGCACAUUUCAAGGCCGGCUUCUACUCGGACAUUAAGUGACCUUGGACAUCGACGUGGACACUGCUCAAAGAACAUUUCAAGGCCCGCGUCUACUCGGACAGUUUGUGAUUCUGGACAAGGACGUGGACACUAUGUGAAGGCAAUUCCGACUUUGGGUGGUAUAGGAGGAGUAUAUACCUCGCCAUGCAUUCCCGCAACGCCAAUGCCAUCUGUUCGCCCAGUUGGAAGUUUCCCUUUAAUAAUUUCUCCGGAAGCUUCAUUCCAAAAAGGACCUGCUCAGGAAGCGAUCGGUAUGCAGAUCAGCGAUCAGCAGAAGGAUCUUUGGACCGAUGUUGUAUCCACUGAUGUUGAUAUGCUGUGGAGCGAAGACAAAAUCAGAGAGUUGAUCAUCUACCUCAACGAAGACCCACCUGUUGCACGUAAUACAUGUAGCAGGUACCAAUACCAAGAUAAACAUAGUCUUGCUGCAGAGGUUGUGGCUGAUAUGGCGGCAUGGAAUGUCUCCACUGCCAGGGUUGCUGCUGUAACAGUGAACCCGUGUGAUGUGACAUCAUCAACAAACACGUUUAUUCAUCAUAACGCCUACGAAGAAGAGAAGAAAGAGGCAACAUCCGGUAUAUCUAGUAAGAUUAGCGAGGGAAGAGACUCAUCUUCAACGUGUUGUGGCAAUGCUCAUCGAGUACCACCUGGACAACUGCUGCUGAAACCGCCAACCAGUGCAUCUUUAGCCGGCAUUCCAUUUGAUGGCGUGGGAAUUUCUGAACCACGAAAAAUAGAUACGGCUAAUGAAGUGGAUGAGACCAGGAGGCAAGUAGGACGGGGCCGUAAUAUCCGACAGGAUCCUGUAGGGUCUUCGGCUGCCACUUCAGUUCCAGAUCGAGAGACGCGUUCUAUGUUUAAAACGUUACUGAAGUGUCGGUAUUGUCCGAAAGAGUUUUGUUGGGAAUCCAGACUACGUGAGCACGAGCGUGUUCAUACCCGUGAGCGACCGUUCAAGUGUGAUGUAUGCAGCAAAUACUUUUCUCGAUCAAGCAGUUUACUCAGACACCGACGUAUUCAUACCGGUGAGAAACCAUUCACGUGCAAAGUUUGUCAAGUAUCAUUCACAAGUUCUUCAAAUCAACGUCGACAUGAACGUACUCACACAGGUGAAAGGCCUUAAAAGUGCGAAACAUGUGAAUCAUCGUUCAUGCGGUCGUCACAUCUUCGAGUUCAUGAACGUAUUCAUACUAGAGAUGGGCCUUACAGAUGCAGGACAUGUGGAGCGUCGUUCACGCAGCUAUAAACUCUACAUUCUCAUGAACGCAUUCACACACUGGAUCGUUGAUAGCGGAGCAAGUCGCGUGGAUCGUAUUGCAACAGACCAAUACAUUAACUUGAUCAAGAACGUGAAUAAGCAAGAAAAGGUCAUCCCUGGAACUCCCUAUAUCGUGUCCUCAUGCCCCAACGAAAACGGUAGACAAGCUCCACACAUAUAUUGUGCUCAAACAUCCAGCUCACACAUUCACUCCAUAAGCGUGCGCUUACACAUACAGAUGUGAAAGCUGUCAGGCCACAAUUUCGGUUCAUAGUUUACUUGUUGAACGUUUACACCACAAGAACACAUUUAUACUAAAAAUGAGCAAUCAUUGCUUAUCUUACUAGACUUGUGUACAUCUCCUUGUUUGCCAUCUAAUACAAAUCACACUUUUGCCUAUAGCAACAUCCCAUAUUUCGACAAUCCUGCCACAGGACAAAUUGUUUUCACCUUACAAACACCUUUGUUUCUAGCUUACGUCUCGUCACAGUACAAAUAGCAGAACUUAAUACAUCGCUGCACACGUCUAUCAUAACUCAGGUUUUGUGAAUCAAUUCUUCCACGCAAUCGCUUUGAAGAGUUCUUUAUUCAUCAUGUGCUCUCCAAAUUUGGUCUCGUACAAAUCAUUCGAAAACACUUUCUAAUUCUCGCUUUUACAAGUGUACUACCUUUUUUUUUCAAGUAACCGGUUAACGAUCCUACUCCGGGUUCAAAUAGGGAACUGUUUGGACAGUUUGAUCUGCAAGAAGAGAGAUCUAAAUAUACUUUCAGCUCUGCAAAACAGUAGGAUAUUUAGCUAACAGAAGAUCGAGUCCCCUUACAUGGAAAUACAGCCCUGCUAGUGGAUAAAAAUAUCAAAAACUCCAUACACAUUGAUUUCAUUUAUUUUAGUCAUAUUCCAAGUAAUACAUGGCUGGGGUAGCCAUUGACUACUUUGUGU